AUGUCCCAAGGAGUAGGAUUCGUGUACAGUGCGGACGAUACCUCUGCUGCAUCUAGCUCUAGAAUAUUUCGCUCUGAAAUGAAGCAGUAUUUUAUCGGAGUUGUAGGAGAAUGUAUACUGAACAUUAAAACGCGGUAUGAAUCACUACAUUCUUACGUAUUUAUCGUAUCCUUGAUAGCCCCGUCUUACACUGAUUGGGCUCUACAAAAUCCACUUGUCUACCAAAACAAGAGUCAUUCGACAUAUCUCCCACACCACCCCCAACAGUUCGACCUCAACAUCAACCAUCAUCCAAUCAAUCCAACCUCAUUUCCUAUCCUACACUCCAAAGCAUAA